UUAGUCAUUUGUCUUAUUAAUCAGAACUCGAAAUUCUGUUCUCCGCGUUCUGCUUUCGGUUUCUGUUUCAGUUUCUUGUUUGUGUUAUUCAUCAAAAUCAAAUCAAAUCUUCAAAUCACCACCGAUUUCAAUCUUCAAUUAAUUCCUCCAAAUCUUCAACCUUUCCUUCUCUUUUCCUCCAAAAUCGAAUCUUUCCCAUCUGGGUUCAUUCAAUUUGUCGUUUCCUUCUUCAAUGCUAUGUCGUUUUUCUUCAAAUCUUGCUACUACUAGUUCCUCUUUCUACGGUUAUGGCUUUGAAUUUUUGCCACAAUCAUGACCGGUUCGCAUUUGAAUAGAAGCAUUUCCAUCAACAGAAGAUCCCAUUCUCAAUCUCAACAGCCUCUUGGAAGUCCCAAACCCGUUUCCUCAACCCGUUUCGGAUGUGUUUCUUUGGGUCUCAGGUUUCAAGUUCUUGUUAUCAUUGCUUCUGUUAUUUCAUUCUUUAUAGCAAUUGGUGGUGGUUACAUCUAUGUUCUACCUAGUCUCACACAUGCUUUUUUUCAUACACAAGGUUUCUUUUCUGAUCAGAAUAAUAAUAGUGAAUCUUUGUUUACAAAAUGUGAUGUUUUUGAUGGAACAUGGGUUCAGGUUUCUUCUGGUUACCCUUUGUAUAAUGCAACUGAGUGUCCUUUUGUUGAACAAGGGUUUGAUUGUUUAGGUAAUGGAAGGAGUGAUUUGGAUUUUCUUACAUGGAGGUGGAAACCUAAGGGUUGUGAUAUUCCGAAUUUUGAUGUUGGUGCUAUUUUGGAAAUGUUGAGGAGUAAAAGGGUUGUUUUUGUUGGUGAUUCUAUGAGUAGGACUCAAUGGGAGUCUUUGAUUUGUAUGUUGAUGACCGGUGUGGAGGAUAAGAUGAAUGUUUAUGAAGUGAAUCAGAAUCAGAUUACAAAGAGGAUUAGGUUUUUAGGAGUUAGGUUUAGUGAUUUCAAUUUUACAAUCGAGUUUUUUCGAUCGGUUUACUUGGUGCAGCAGGGUCAGGUUCCUCACCAUGCACCAAAGAGGGUUAAAUCGACACUUUUAUUGGAUAAGUUAGAUGAUAUAAGUCAUCAAUGGAUAAAUUCUGAUAUUCUUAUAUUCAAUACCGGUCACUGGUGGGUUCCGUCUAAGCUUUUCCACAUGGGUUGUUAUUUCCAAGUUGGAAGCUCUCUGAAACUUGGAAUGUCGAUUCCUUCAGCCUAUAGAAUAGCACUCGAAACUUGGACUUCUUGGAUUGAGAGAGAGAUUGAUAAAAAUAGAACACGCGUCUUUUUUAGGACUUUUGAGCCGUCUCACUGGAGUGAUCAGACCCGUAGGACGUGCAAUGUAACUCAGUACCCGACAUUUGAAACUAAUGCAACUGACCAAAACUCGUUUUCAGACACAGUUAUGGAAGUUGUAAAGGACGUUGAUUUUCCUAUAAAUAUUCUUCAUGUUACAUCUAUGUCGGCUCCCCGCAGUGAUGCACAUGUUGGUAACUGGAAUGAUAAUCCAUCUAGUCAGGAUUGCAGCCAUUGGUGUCUACCUGGAGUGCCCGAUAUGUGGAAUGAAAUUAUCCUGUCCCAAAUUUUUCCUGAAUAUGAUAUCCCUCUUUGGGCAAAUGAAACCACACAAUUAGAUGACUAACAAUCUUGGUAAUUACGACGCUACUUCGAAAAAUUCAAAUUAGUCCUAAGGAGUACGGAUCAGAUUUCAUAUAUCCUGCUAACAUUGUAAAUCUGGAGCUCUGCAAUUGUUGACCUCUGCUAUCUGCAAGCUCGGCCGCACCAAAUUUUGUGAAUGUAAUCACCAGAUAUAAAUUUAAUUUGUACGUAAUUGUCUACAACAUAAAGAUGAAACAUAGUAGUUUUUUAAUUGAUUUUCCUAUUCUUUGUAUCCUGUAAAAGGUAUUGUUUGGGAUGUAACAAUUUUGUCUGCAUGUCAUGAUUUUUUGUUUUGGUCGUGACAGUGCUAUUGUUCUCCAUGACAAAGAUAAAGAGAUGAAUAGUUAGAAAUUAGAAUCAUUCAAUUUC